AAAGUAUGGUUCCUCUGCUCCGCAACGAAGCUCGCGCAUGUUCACUUCCCCAACAUACAGACGGACAUAGACACAACGCAUGAUGAAGGCCGAAGAUCCAUCCGCAAGAACCGCCAUGACAGAGAGAGAGAGCUCCGAAGAUGCAGUUGUCGGCAACAGACACAACAGGUUCUGGUGGGUCAUAACUGCGAUCGUUCUUCUAGCUCUCUGGUCCAUGUUCACCGGCUCCGUUACUCUCAAAUUGUCACCGGUCAAUAUUCUUCGUUUCCCCAACGACUCCGAUUCUAGGAUUCUCAACGAUAUCGAUGUCCUGGAACUGGAGGAGAGGGAGAAGACGGUGAGGCGCAUGUGGGAUGUGUACACUCACAGCGCCGCCAGUCGGUUGCCGCGUUUUUGGUCGGAGGCAUUUGAAGCUGCUUACGAGCAAUUGGCGAGUGAAGUUCGUGGCGUACGAGAAGCUGCUGUUUCCGAAAUCGCUAAGAUGUCGUUGCGCUUGUCGAACAGUAGAGUAUCAAACAAAAGCAAGGGGCAAAGAAGAGCGCGGAAAAUAUUAAGGCUGCCAGUAACUGACAACAGGAAACCUCAUCUCCUUCGCAACAUCGAAACCUUCAAGCCUGAGCAGACUGAAGCAGAUUAUUUACAGAGAACACAUGCUUAAAAAUAUUCCCUUUCCCUCUCACCAUCUCAACACAUUUGGCCUGCAAACUACUUGAUGAUGGUUUAUAGACAUCUUUUAUUGUGGACCUUUCUUUUGAGAAUUUUUUAUUAAUUUAAUAUAAGUCAAUGCAUUACUAUGUCAUUUA